CUCCAUACGCAAUAUUACUAUACAUUUCAUCAAUGGAGCCUGUGGUGGCGAUUGUGGGAGCUGGACCGGCCGGUUUAGCCACGUCGGCUUGUCUAAACCGGUAUUCAAUCCCGCAUGUGGUACUGGAGAAAGAGGACAUCUACGCCUCGCUAUGGAAGAGAAGGGCCUACGAUCGUCUCAAGCUUCACUUGCACAAAGAUUUCUGCGAGCUGCCCUUGAUGCCACAUCACCCUGACGCACCGCCCUUCAUGCCCAAAGACCAUUUCCUCGAUUACCUCGACAAAUACGUCGAGAGAUUCGACAUCAAACCGAGGUAUUUCCGCACGGUCGAGAAGGCUUUGUACGACGCUUCCAAUGAUAAAUGGAGGGUCGAGGCAAAGAACUCGGUUUCGGGCGAGACCGAGGUCUAUUUCUCGAGGUUUGUGGUCGUGGCGACGGGAGAAAACGGUGAAGGGGUUGUUCCUGAUGUGAAGGGUAUUGGUGCAUUUGCAGGACAGAUCUUGCAUUCGAGUCAAUACAAGUCAGGUUCGGACUUCAAAGACAAAGACGUUCUUGUCGUUGGAUCUGGGAAUUCAGGUAUGGAAAUUAGCUUUGAUCUCUGCAACUUCGGCGCUCGAACCACCAUCUGUGCUCGAAGUCCCAGGCACGUGCUGACGAAGGAGAUGGUGUAUAUGGGGAUGACGAUGGCGAAGUACGUGCCGGUGAAGGUGGUGGACACUUUUGUGACAGCCAUGGCGAGGUUUACGUACGGAGAUCUCUCCAAGUACGGCCUUAAAACUCCAAAGGAAGGCCCUUUCUACGCCAAACUCUACUUCGGAAAAGCCCCCGUCAUCGACGUCGGCACCGUCGCCAUGAUCCGCUCCGGAAAUAUCCAUGUUGUUGAAGGGAUGGUGAGCAUCAACGGGAAGAGUAUAAAGUUUGAAAACGGAGUAGAGAAAGAUUUUGAUGCCAUUGUCUUGGCGACUGGCUACAACAGCUUAGUUUGCAAAUGGCUAAAGAACUAUGAAUACGUGAUGAACGAGACGGGGUUUCCGAAGAAUCCGAUACCGAAGCAUUGGAAAGGAGAGAAGAAUAUAUACUGCGCCGGAUUUUCGAGGCAGGGAAUCAACGGAGUUUCAAGAGACGCCGUAGCCAUCGCCGACCACAUCCACUCUCUCCUGUCUUAACGUCCAAUGCUUUGUUGUUGUUACAAUUAAAAAAAAAAUUAUGUGUUUUUGUUUUUGUUUUUGUAAUGCGUGACAAUAAAAGCUUUUGUGACCUUAAAUCUCUGUUUUUCCUUUUAAAGAUUUUGUAAUGUUUA